UGACUCAAGAGCGACUUAAAUAGGAAGCACAAAACUGGUAGGUAUUGUGCAAAUACCAAGCGCUGAAAAAGACUGUACAUGCUUAUUGUGUUAGAAUACGUGUUAAGCGCGUUGCGGAUAAAGAGUGGCGCAUCGUUGGAUUUUGCAGCCAUUAAUCGGAAUAAAACAAUGAGAUUAGAUUCAAAAGGGAUAUAAUUUGAUCCCGUUUUGCUCAUGAUCGCAACAGCGUAUCCAUAUUGAUAGCGACGCUUGUACUCGCCCGCGUGUGGAUACUUACAAAUCCACCUUUAUUUUACAUGACAGCAGCCAUAUGCCAAACUAUGAGGCUUAUAUAGGCCUAUAGUCUCCAGCACUUUCAGCUAGGAACGUCAUUGAAAAAAUGGACUGUCAUUAAAAUAAUUAUUUGCUGAUUUGGGUAGCUGAAAUUUCUCUCAGCCGCUUUGCCUUUUCGCCUGUCUAUGAUAGCUUGUGCUUGCGACAUGGAUGGAAAUAUGGAGGGAAAACGAUCUAUUGUUGGAAUCGUCAUUCAGGUUCCUUGGACACCCUUCCUCCUUGCAUGCAUUAUAAUAACACUGGCUCCGGCCUUUCAUUGUCAAGCGUCCUGUCCUAGUGGUUCGAUUGGCCGACUGGAAUACUGCUACACACUCCAUAGUGAGCCGUUGUCAUGGCGACUCGCAGGGUCGCAAUGUGGCUUUGAUGGCGGUUUCUUGACCUCCAUAGUGAACAGACAGGAGAAUGACUUUCUUGUAGAAUCCUUCGGAAACCUGACAAGUUUAGCAUGGAUAGGAAUGGACUCGAGAGGGCGCUGGUUAGAUGGGUCAAGUUCUCAGCUUUUUUACAAUAACUUUAGAUAUGAGACGUUAAACACACAUAGUUGUCCAGUGAUUGACCUGGACAGAAACGGAAGAUGGAACGUCUCAAGCUGUCUAGAUUCUAGACUCGACUUUAUCUGCAAGAAGAAUAAAGAUGUUUCGGGUGGAAGAGACUCUCCUGCUCCUACAAACGGCGACGAUGAAGAAGAAGUGGAGGGAUCAUCAGGAAAGUCUAAUACCACACUCAAAACUGUGCUCACGUGGAUUGGCGUCACCGUGGCCCUCGUGGUCAUCGCUAGUUGCUCGGCAGGAAAUGGCGCGGUGGGAAAGUGUUUUUGUAGCUGCUUUAUCGAUAUGCUGGCUGGAUUGUGUGGCUGCAUAAUCAAAAUUCCGACUCGUUUGUGCGGGUGGAUAUAUGAAUGGUUAUGCGUUAUAGGACUUGCAAUCCAGGUAUGCUUUUAUCGAUGUCUAAGGUGUGGAGGCUUGUGCAAAAGGCAACAGGAAGGAACGGAAAGGGCGGAAAGUAUAUCAUCCUAUGAGUAUGAUCCUGAACCUCGAGGAGCGUUAAAUUGCUUUUAUCGAUGUCUAAAGUGUGCAGGGCUGUGCAAAAGGCGACAGGAAGGAACGGAAAGUGUGUCAUCCAGUGAUCCUGAAAUUCGAGAAGCGUUAAAUUGGCCUCCGCUAGCCGAAACAGGACCGGAGGAUCAAUCACGAGCCACGCCAUCAGCGCCGGCAGAGCCACACACAGACCCGCCUCCAGCGUAUGGGGACGUCACAUCUAAUCGUCCGCAAAGUACGCCAACAGCUCCACCGCCGUCACCGCCUCCUGACAACAGAAUUGCGCCUCCGUCCUAUGACGCAGCUUUGGAUCCAACUUUUGAUAUUCGACCUACAAACAUUAGAGAUGAGACGACAGCAACCCCAUCCUACGAGUCAGUAGCUAGAUCUUAAAGCAGUUUAUAAUAAUUUGAUAAUUUCAUAGAUUUUAGUGGACGUCUCAUCCUAGAGAUGGUAUAGUUCCUCCAGGGGGGUGUUUCACAAAGAUCCUAAGUUGAACUUAUCUCUAAGUUG